AUGAAAAUUGCCAGCAGCCUGGUUGAUAGUUUCAAGGGAAGUGAUCUGAUACAUGCGGCGAACAAAGGUAUCACUUCAAGCCAGUCUAUAACAUCUUCAUGCCCUGACGAUGCGCUUAGCAGGCGCAUUCGGAGCCGAUGGUCACUGGUACGUCGUUGUUUGGCUGUGGUUCAACUGGUCGUCGACGGCAUCGUUGCAGGUUUGGCUCGCCCAAAUGGGAAGGACAUUCAACAAUUACUUAUGUUAGCCGCUGAGCCUAUCUUCACCGAAAUUACAACCAAUAUGCCGAACAAAGGCAGAGAGUUACUCACUUCAGAUGAACUUGAUCAAGGCAUUGAGGAAGCGCGUAAUGCCGCUCUACGAUCCAUCGAGGUUUUGGCCGAACAAUACGCCCACAUGAUGAACGACUCGGAGUUGAUAAGCGUCUUUGUAUCUUGUUGCAGUAAGGAUGUGAGCCCAAGGUUGAUUUCAUUUUUAGCCCAAUCGAUGAGGGAUCGGGCAGCAAGGGGGUUCAUUAACCUUGCGCUGCAGGACUGCGUGACUCUGUUCAACACCAGCAAGAUCCAUAAAGUUCCAAAUGAAGUUAUAUCGGUUAUACUGUCCCAGUUAGAGACAGUUCCUUUCUGCGACCAUGAGCCUUCGUCAUCCCCCAAAGGUGAUCAGUCGCCACCCGAACAUUCUAACCGUCCGUUACUGGUUGGUUGCGACUCUGACGCAUUGGAGGUAUGGUAUUCUAGUGUGCGCAAAGCCACUUUUGCGGACGUUGGGAAACUAUCCAGGUCGUUGUAUCACCAGGAUUGCGGCAUCGAGUUACUGCGUAACAUCGACAAAGCGUUGUGCCAUUCGUUGAGCUCAGCAUCGCUUUGUAGCCGCCUGGCUUCACAGUCACGACGUGACUCUAACGGUGUCAAUUCUGAUCUGUUGUCGCUGUCGUCAAUGAUUCACCUGUUUGCCAAGAACAAUUUCCGGGAGUGCCAGGCGUUGGAGAAAAUUAUGCAAAUGUUGCCUAAUAUCCCGCUUGGCGACAAUUCUAAGGAUGAAUUGGUGGUUCUCGGAGAUCUGUGCUGGAGCAUGCUCACCCUGCAAGUGGACGUGAGACGCUUGGGCUUCCUGUUGGACCAUUUGAUUCCUCGGCUCAAAGGGGUGCCCAUUAAGAACACCGUCAAGCUAAUGGGAGGUUUGCACAAUUCCCUAAGUCGUGAUUCUGAUCGCAUAUUGGAUGAGUCGGAUCCUGUGUUUUCAUUGGACCGUGUCCCCAUGGAUGACUUACUUUCUUAUACACUGAACGAUGAAGACUUCUCCGCCGCCAGUUCUUCUGUAAUUCAUUCACUGUCUGCUUCGGGUGAGCGUAGCGGCGAUGGGAGACGUGAUGAGGUGGUAAAAAGGAUGGAAGUGUUGAGAUCGCUUUUCAUGGAUCGCCUUGAGGUUGGUCUUGCACUGUGCUCUUCCAUAUUUAUGCAGGAGGUGACAGACUCGCAGAACAUGUCAAAUUUCAUGUUCUACGCCACUGCAACACUUAAAGACAUAAGCGAGAGUGACUACAAUGCACUCUGCCUCAGGUGGCUUGCCAAUUCGCGAAACCCCGGCUUCAGUGUUAAGGUUGAGGCGCUGAGUCAGCUGCUUUGGGCACUUCAGAAAAACCGUAUCUACCACGAUGGCAUGCUCAGGCGCAUUCGCGACAUCGUUAGUUAUCUAAGAAGUCGUAGUAAAGUUGUUCAGCUCUCUGAGAAACUUCAACACUGCUCGAUGGGACAGCUGGCGCUGAUGUCACAUACCCUGAUGUCGUUCAACAUCAUCACGCCAGACUUCACGGACGCAUUGUUAACCAGGCUUGAGGUACUCCUAGAUGGCCACCGAGCCGACUAUCCGUCUGCCAGAGGCCGCAUGGAAGUAGGCGAUUGGGACGUGAAGCUGACGUCGGUGAUUUGGUCGAUCGUGCUCUCUGACUUCACGUCACUGGGUUUUGAAUCAUUGGAUCGCCUGAUUAGAUUGAUUGGCCGCGUAAACUGGGAACGCUUUAUGAAGGCGUGCCGGCAUCAGGACCUUCGCAAGGUAGGGCGCCAUUCUUGCCUUUCCAAUACUUCUCAGGUCUUGCAAAUAUACACUAGCUUGGAGGUGGAACUUCCUAAACUGUCAGGAUAUCUGCCCCUGUGGCCGCUUCACAGCCUUAUUCCGGAGGAUGUCAUAUCUGCAGCUAUCCGGGACACUAUUUCAGCCAGAAACAGCGUGCCCGUCUCGGUGUCGCAGGACAGGGUACGUAGAUCGCUAUCACUUUCCGGGGUACGCUUCAAGGGCGAAUACGCAAUAUACCGAGGCAUUACCGUGGACUUUGCCAUAUGCCGGAAUCAGGACUCCGAGGAGUUUUUGCCUGAUCUUGUGAUCGAGAUGGAUGGCCCCUGUCAUUAUAAUGUGAUAUGGUACAGUUUUAUGUAG